AUGAGCAGGACGGAGGAUAGCUUCAAGGGUCUGGUGCGGUGGGUUGUACGGGCGUUCUACUGGAACAUCGAGCCGGCCGGGAUGGGCUUGCAGCCUGGGCGAAAGGAGGGCGACACUGCCGGGCUCCCGGUCCUCAUCAUUGAUGUCCUGACCAGCCCCGGGACCGAGUGGAUCAAGGAACAGAGGAUCGCGGACAGCCUCCUCGUCGACGCGCACCAAGUCCGCGCAGUCCUCAAGAUCCUCCACGCGCACCACAUCGUCCACCGCGACAAGCUCAGCCUCCCGCGGGACCCGAGCCGCCGCCUCACGGACGAGGAGCGCAAGAAGGCGGAUUACUACUGCUGCGUCGACUACCCAGGGGUGGUCGACAUGGUCCGGCUGCGCAUCCGCAUGAUGCGCAGGAAGCUCCAGGAGGGCGACCAGCGCAACUCCGAACCGAAGUACUACUGCCACCCGUGCUACAAAAGCGGCGCGUUCAAGAACGAGUGGUCGGCGUACGACUUGCCGCUGAUUCUGCAGGCGGAGGGGGAUUUGCAGUGCCCGCAGUGCGGCUCGGAGCUGCUGACGGAGCAGCAGCUCCUGGAGAAGACGACGGGGCAGGACGAGGGGCCGGCCGGGCCGGGGGGGGGCGAGGGGGAGCUGCGGCUGAGCGCGCAGGAGCGCAAGGUGCUGCUUCGGCUGAUGGACAAGCAGCUCGCGGAGCUCGAAAGCAGCAUCCUCGUCGCGCUCGAGGGGCACGACCCGCCGGACUACGGCAGCAAAGUGCGCGAGUGGUCCGUGCGGAAGCGGCUGCAGGCCGAGCAGGCGCAGCGUGAGCGCGCGGAGCGGGAGCGGCUCACGGCGCGGCCGCGGGACUACGCGGGGGGCGCAGGGGGCGCGGGGCUUCCGGGGCAGGCGGGGCGCGUCGGGUGGCUCGCGGAGAGCGGCGGCGGGGCCGGCGCGGCGGGCGGGGGCGGCGAGGCGCUCCCGUGGCUCAAAGCGCUGUCCGCGGGGGGGGGAGUCGCGGACGAGGACGGGGAUGUGGCGAUGGGGGACGCGGACGUGGCGGCAGUGGCGGAGGUGCCUGCGAACGAGGGCGCGCAGCAGCGCGCGAAGGCCGCAGAGGUGGUGGUGGAGGGCGACGAGGGCGACGACGACGACCUGAACUGGGAGAACGUCUGA